AUGUCUACAACAAUUGCGACCUGUGCCGAUGAUGGUACAAACAGUUCGAACCGGUCGAGUUUGGAAAAGAUCGAGAGCUUCAUUAACGAAGCAGCCUAUAAAGAAGCACUCGAAAAUUCCAGCAAUUACAACACUAGACUCAACAUUGAACGAAGGCUACGCCUUCCCUUUAUCGAUACUCAGACUGGCGUUGCUCAAAAUCAUUCUUCCCUAUUCAUGGAUAGAAGACAACGAAUCCCCGGCCUACUACCCGGUCAAAUAUACUCCUAUCCGAGACAGAGGUGGAGGAAAAAGAGACGUCAAUAUUUGUUGAUGAAUGCGAGACCUUUCCGAGCUGAUUACUUGUUGAACGGAGCUGAAGGCGACAUUCACAGCAUAUCCCAGAUGGAGAAUCCCGCAUUGCAAGAUACGGAUAGCAAAGACAGCCACGACGUUCCUAAGGAAUGGUACAUCGACGAGUUAGAAAUGGACGCGUACGAUGAUCACGAUCCCGACUCCGAUUUCGACUACGAGGAAAGCUACAGCAAAAGACGACGAGGUAGAGGUCGAGCCGGAAGAGGUCGCAGCAGUUACGAUUCGCCCGGAACACCCGGCAGGAAAAAGGGAAGCGGCCGCGGCCGGGCGAAGAAAACCGGUCACAAUUUCGAUACUAUUCCCGGAGAGCCAGAGAAACCUCCCACAGUCGAACCUCGCACGCCGGGACGUCGAGGACGCCCGCCAAAUCUCCCUCCUAGUUUACCCCCUCGGCAAGCUUCUCCACCGCCCGAGGAUCCCCAAAUGCCUGUACUCGUAGCAGAAAAAGCUGCGAGUUCCUCUUCCGUCGAAGCACCUACAGAAACUCCAGGUCCUUCAGGUCCACCAACCGAUCCGUUGAAGAAGGGUUCGAGUCCGUAUUGCGACUUUUGCUUGGGAGAUUCGUCGGAGAACAAGAAAACAGGCGUGCAGGAAGAGUUGGUUUCUUGCUCGGAUUGCGGGAGAUCGGGGCAUCCCAGUUGUUUGCAAUUCACCGAUAACAUGAAGAUAUCGGUGAAGACGUACCGCUGGCAAUGCAUCGAAUGCAAAUGCUGCUCCGUUUGCGGGAACUCGGAGAACGACGAUCAAUUGCUGUUUUGCGACGACUGCGAUCGCGGGUAUCACAUGUACUGUUUGACUCCGCCGUUGGUGAACCCGCCAGAGGGAUCUUGGUCUUGCAGAGUGUGCAUCGAUAAGUUCCAUAGACCGUAG